GAUCUGUUCUAACCACGACCCUAAAACGACUUACGACGACGACGAUCGAUCCUUCCCCGCGAAGUUUUUCACGAUAAAUUGUACACGAUCUGCAUAUAGCCUUCUUCUUUUCAAAAUCCGAGUAUUAGUAAGAAUCCCUUAAACAUCAAAACAGAUCGAGCAAAGUUCAUUCAUCGCGGUUCGGCAAAAAGAAACGAUCAUCCUCUCGCAUCAAAAUCGAGCUAGCAAAAUAUUAAAUUCAACGACGAUCUCCGAGCUUGUAUAAAAAAAUAAAAAUCCACCCGCGACGACCCGAAAUAAAAGAACCGAGAGUCUUAUCUCGCCGAUCACUUUUGAAAUUGUACCCACUCCUUAACAUUUCUCCACCCUGAGAAUUCGCUUUUUAUUUCCCAUAACUUUUUCUUUUCCCCCGAAACUAAUCACCAGGUUCUUUUACAGCGAAAAUCUUGACUGGGCAGCGUCUUCCUCGUUGAAGCCGUUGACUCCUUUCAAGUGCCGUUUUUUCUUUUCUGAAUCCAGAAAUAGAAUCAACGGUUUUUACUUAUUUUUACGAAACUAACAAGAUCACAAUUAUAUCGACCACAACAUCUCAAAACAAGUCAAAAGACGAUCGACAACAAGCUCAACUACAAGUACUUUAAUAUUUUUAAACAGCAUCUUCGCAUUAGGUCACAUUUGUACAAAUAUAGGGCGUAUUUUUCUUUCGAAAACGGAAAAGUAUCUACUCACGACUACGACACUUAUUUACGGGUGUAGGAGCCUUCGGUAGACGUACUUCUAGCGGGAGGAUACGCAGGCCAGAUACUGUACAACUUUUUAACUACUACGUGUAAAAUUCUAAAACUAUCCAAGACUACUCAACGCACACAAAUACCUCCGAGGUUGUUAAGAAGUAUCGGGACCACGACCAGAGUAACUCUAGUACAGAGAUCCUUUCACAAUAAAAAUCUUGACAACUUGUAACCUAUUCAGCAGUACGCUGCUCAUUGUUUUGAACUAUAGGAUUUGAACUUGGCCGUCCUCACCAAAGUAUCCAGCACAUUGUACAGAAAAUAGCACUACGGCUAUUACUAGUACUAAUCGCGCAAGAAGCAGCACAUCUGGUCCGUUCGCGAUCCGUUGUAUCUCUCGAAAUUGUAGUAAACCACUGAAAUAAAAUCUAUCCAAGAACAAAAUGCCGGAACCCGUGACGCCCACCUUGUCUCUGGGAUCCACCCCUAGCCCGAUGCCGCCGCCGCGGUUUGCUUUGAAUAGCGAGACGAACACGAACCCGUCGGUGGGGUUUUUCACGAACACACUGGUCGGAGGUGGAGGUGACAACGAUGUGGAGUCCGUGAAAUCCGGUCAAAGGCAGGAAUCCGCCAACAGCACCACAUCGUCCUUCCAGCCUAGUACUGUGCUGAACCAGUCUAGUACUUCGAACAAUACAGACACUAACGGCACUACCACUACCGAUGGAGACAAGACCAGUGCUGAGGCACCAGCUGCCCCCGUUGACGAGCUCCAGUGUGCCUUUGACCGCAUGACGGAAAAGUACGAGAGCAUGCUGCACCAGCGCGAGGAACUGAAACAGCAGGUGGCGCAACUGGAGAUGGAAAAGGACAACUUCGCGUCCCUGUUGUACGGGUCGUUCUCCAACACGCCCCGAGAGACGAAGUCUAGCAAUGGUGGUCUGAACACGCCCUCCACCUGUGCCGAUCUCGGGGGCGUCACGCCACGGGAGGGGGAGAGUCUGAAGCUGCCGUUGGGCGGUGCUGGUAUGAAUUCCACUUGCUCCGGGACUACUGCUGGAACUAUCAAUGCUGACGGUUCUUGCAGCUCGACCGCCGGCAACGAUGGCUCUGCUUGCUCCGGCAGCAACAAUUCGACCAACACUUCUUGUGCAACGUCUGGUGGAGCUGCAGGUGAUCCUAGUACUACUACGGACGGCCUAACCCUGCCGGAAAAGAUGGCGGUGGAUCAGAACAUCUCCAACCGGAGUACCGUUGUCUUGGACAACGUGGAGGCGGAGAAAAAAGUGGUCGAAAAACAGCGCCAGGAGUGCAUGUCCCUGAUCCAGGAAAAAGACGACCGCAUCAAGCGGUUGGAACGGGAAAACAAGUCUCUCGCAAACACGUUUGCACAGUACAUCGAGACCAUGACGGCCUUCAGUACCGGGACAGCGGUGGUUAACACGACGGGGGCUGUGAACAGCAGUUUCAACAUGAGCAACAUGCUUGCUCCGCCGGCGGGGACCCUUGCUGGAGCUCCGACGGAGGCGCUUACCGGCGUCGCUGCUCAACAUAAUUUCCAGCAGGUGUUGGCGACGACCGGGGGCUCUUGUACUGGUGCUUCUAACCAGCAGAUGAACAUCACGACUCAGUCGCCGACCUCGGUGUUGAAGAAUUUGAACAAGAAGCUGAACAAGUCUGUCCAAAACGAUUUUUUGUCGGACACGGGGAAGACGCCGUCGCAAAACUCCUCCAACAGCUGCGACGCCGGGAGCUGUGAUGGGGACGGCGAAGACUCCAGCUCCACCUCCGGGGAUUCCGUUUCCAACAAUGGGGUCGUCACCCCCGCGGGUGGAGAGGUCAUGAUCUCCACUUCUGUCGGCGAUGUUGUUCUUGACAAUGCGACUUCUACGCCCAAGAUGAUGGACCAGAAGACGCCGGUGGCUGCGGCGAAGAAAAUAUGAACUGCAAAAGUAUCGUACUCGUAUAAAUGCAUUACAAAUUCCCUCAGCAUGAGAAAUAAAAUUUGUAAUGCAGAUUUACCUUAAAAAGAAGAUUUGUAAUGCAUGACUGCAAUACGAGUACAAUAGUUUUGCACAGGAUAGAAAAGCUCCAGCGCGGCGGAGGUGGUCAUCGCGGCCACCAAGAAAAAACUGAGUAUACUUUUUACUUUAACUUGUUUGACAGAGAAAGAAGUUCACGAAGAAGACAACGACUUAAAACCCCCGGAUACACAUGAGUGAAUUGUUUGACAGAUGACCGAUUCUUGUUUGACUGUUGAUUUGCUUCGGUUUAUGUUGAUGAUUUCUCUAUCUCUUCUACUUGUUCUUCAUGCGAUACCCGACUACAACACUGAUCCAUCGCAUCAGCACAAGAGAUCACUUCGCUUGUAUUUUUUGUGCAUUGCCUUUCCAGUUAGCAAUACCAAUAGCAUGACAAAUCGAAAAAUCUUCUUCAUACAAAAUCCUCACACAACAACAAACCUACACAGAGGAGCUUGGUCCGUCGAAGAAGAAGAAAAACUCGCCGAAGUCGGGCCCCGAGCGUCCGCCGGGUCUUUCUGAAUCGUCCGAAACCCCGCGCACCAUUCCCGAAGCGGUCACGCCGCCGCCACCGCAGAAGGCGCCGCCGAGCCCACCGCAGAGUGGUGGAGGCGCUGCUGCUGGGACCGCGGGGAACAACAACAAUAAUAAUACGGGGAACAACAACAACAGUAAUACCGGAGGUGCUAGUGGUGCUACUGCUGGGAACAACAACAACAACCAACAGGGAGCUGCAGGAGCUACCACGCAGCCAGGCCUCAUCCUGCCGAUCACCAAGCGUCGCAUCGACUUUCACCAGGGCUUUGAGCACAAUAAUUCGGGUGGUCGCUCGGUAUAGUUUCUUUGUUUCUUAUGCUGAAUAAAAAUGAAAUAUCAAAUUGGAAUUGCAGCAAUGCAAUUCCAAUUUCUAUCGGGAUGAAAAUGAAUUACGUAGGUGCAGUCUUUCUGAUAUCCUGGUGUGCCGAAGUGAGGGAGUCCAUCUUCACGUGGGUUGCAGUCAUCGGCUGAGUCGUGUUCAAUCAAUAGCAGAGAAAUUAUCAUUGAAUGAAAUAACAGGCGACGACCAAGCAGUCCGCUCCCGACGCGUCCCCGUCUAUGGAGCCGGACAACAACGGACAAGCCUCCGACGGCCGCGCGUGGCGCGACAACAAGGCCUGGAACGAGACUCCCGGGGCGGGCACCUGGGUUGAAACGCCGAACCACUGGAACACCAGUCUUUCCAGCGGGACGGGCGGGAAGAUGAUGCACGACGGUACUUCUAACGGUGGAAACCACACCACCGCGGCGAACGAAAGUUCCUUUCAGUCCACCACUCCUGGCGGGCAGACGACUGGGAAGAGCCAGUCGGGAUCGAAAUCCUGCAUGAGCGCUUUCAGUUACGGUGGUGCGAACAAGGAGUUUGGGGGGAAUAAUAAUUCUAAGGGUGAGACGAGCAACAACAAUAACUCGGCUACUUCUACUCACACCGGAAGUAAGGAAAACAACAGCAACAAGGAAAACAAUACUUCUAAGGGCCACGGGAAAAAUAACAAGAAAGGAGGAAUGAACAAGCACCACCAGCACCAGCAAGAAAAUCAAAAUCAAAGCCACAACAACAGUACCCAGCAGCACAACUCGAAUACGAAUGCUGCUGGUGUCAACGGUGCCAACUCUUCCUCCACCACCAACAACAAUUUCCUGCACUCGUUCGGGUCUACGAUCGGGCAACCGCACCAGCCGGGAAGCAAUUCCAAGUUGGAAUUCUCGGGAACCAACUCGGGCUUCACCACGGGUAGUAGCAUUUUGACCUCGCACAACGCCAACGCCGGCGGGAUGAUGCAGCACAACCAGCAGAUGAACAACAAUCAGCAGAUGAUGAACAACAACUCUCAGCACCAGCAGCCGCAGUCUAAUGCGUCCACUCUGUUGACGAAAAAGUCCACGAAGUCGUGGUUUCAACAAACCAUGGAAGCGGAAGAGCAGGAGAUGCAAAUGCAGGAACAAAAAAUGAACAACAAUUCAUCUUCCAGGAUGAACAACAAUACGCCUGCGAACAACAACCAAAAUGGUACAUCUCACCAGCCGGUGAGCAGUAGUACUAACAACUACCAGUCCUUCAAUCCGCCGCCGCCGCCGGUGUUGCCGACUCCGCAGCAGAUUCAGCAGCAGCUGAACUCGCUCCGGGACAACUACAACAACGCGGCUCAGCAGCAGCAGCAGCAGCAGCAUCAUCAGACGAUGGGAACAAGCAACAACCAGCAGGACAAUCAUGGUGGAAUGAACAACCACGGCGCGGCAUCAAAAGGGAUGGUGUUGACCAGCCAGCAACAUGCUGGUGACCACACCAGCACGACGAACAAUAAGUACGGCAACCAGAAAGGUGCAGGUGGUAAGAACCAGCACGGAAUGAUGUUGAAUAACGGAAAGCAGCACAACAACAAUCCUGGUAAUAACAAUGGGAACAACAAUGGGUCGCAGCAGCAGUGGGCGCAAACUAUCGCUAACACCAAGGGGCAAAACCACCAGCAGCACAAAGAUCAUCAUGCGCCAUACGGAAGUAACAACAGUAAGGGCGGCGGGAACAAUGAUAAGUACCACAACCAGCAACCCUCCUCCUCCGAUAAGUACAACAACCAAGGAACGAACUAUCAGAGUAAUUGGGAACAAACCCAACAGCCGGGAUCCGGUAGCGGCAAGUACCAUGACAAAUUCAACGCACCGGCGCAACACCAGCAGAACUCCGGUUCAGCUGCCUUGUCGGGAAAGGACAAUUACACCAGCUAUUCAGCUAUGAACAAUAACACUGCAGCUUACAACGCUGGCGGAAAAGGGCAAGGUGGCCAGCACAAUUCUGGCAAGGACCAUCACAACGGGAAAGAUCAUAAUCGUGGCCAACAUAACGCGGCCCGAGAUAAACACAACAACACUGGUACUAGUAAUUUCGCUGGUGGGAAUAAUAACUUCGACAACCAGUACCACACGGCCUCCGACCAUACUCCUAUGAACAACAACAUGAAAGGUGGGCAACAUGGGCAACAUCAGCAGCACCACCAGCACCACCAGCCGAAGGAGUACCCCCCAGUGGGGAAUCGGGGCCGAAAUGGGGAGCAAAAUCCGACGUCUUACAGCAAUCAGACGCAUUUGUCCCAGACCAUCAAUUCCUUGUCCAAGGAUGAGGUCCACAGCGCGCUUUUGUCGGUUUGCAACAAGUACGAGGUGGAAAAAAGGACAGUCGAUUGGUUCUUGGAAGAGCAAUUCGCCUGCUACUGGCACCCGAUGCUGUUGAAAUCGUCGGAGUUAGAACGCCGGAAUGAGGACGGAUCUAUGCGGGUGAAGAACCCCUCCGCCUGGCUGACGAAAUUCUUCAACAUUUUGCGGAACGACCCCGAGGAGCCGCGCCCACGGACACCCCAUGGCACGCCGACGCAUCCGUUGAACUUCAACAACGAAAAGGCAGUCAACGUGGGACAGAGUCCGACGUCGAGUUGUGGCGGGAACAAUGGAGGUAACGCUGUUGGAGGAACAAAGGGAGGGGACCAUACUUCUACCGCGUAUCACAACAAUUAUCAGCACCAUGGAACAAGUCAUGCGGGGAAGGGAAAUAAUCACGCGAACAAUCUUCACGGCGCGAAUAUUUCCCAUAACAACCUGCAGCAGUACGGGCAACAACAGCAGUACAAUCACGAUCACAACCAGCAGCAGCAGUACCCUUCGAACAACAUGCGGGUGUCCUAA